AUGAACUUUUGGAGAGGAGACGGUCGUCAGUUUACUGUUGACAGCCGAAGCAGCAUAUACAAAGAUCUGUGGCAGCAACCACCCUUACCAGCCAAAAAGGCACCCCCUGUUGACAAGAGAAGUAACCGGGGUGCUACAGGUGGUUAUGGGAAUGAUAAGUGUUCGAUGUUCGAUGCCCUCUACAGUUACCGUUUGUUGGGCUACUGGAGUGGACUCCUUCCUGUCCAGGGCUUGUUAGGAAACAACCCACAGCUUCUCAGAUACAAUUCUGUACAGAGGCAGUUCAACCACCUAUAUCUUUUACUAGGAAGGAUGACCAACUCCUACGAACGAGGGUUGGUUUCAAAGAACAGUGCAGCGGAUAUCACACAUUCUACAGCGUUAAUUUUUGGACCUCUGUUCUGGGGAAUUUUCACUCUAAGACAAGCGACACUGUUUCCUGCUCUGUUGAAGAAAUGGACUAGAGUUGAAAAGGAAAUGCAAACUAUAGGAAGUAUUUCUAAGCUCAAGACACAUUUAAAUAUAAUCACCGCUAUAAACAUAAUCGCAACUCUCGGGUCUUCCACACCGUGUAAUGAAGGCAUCCACCAGGAGCCAGCUCCUCCCUGGCUGGUAUGGGAGGGAACGAUUGCAUGUAUAGAGAUGGCGUGGUACGACCGCAUCGCCCCUUGUACAGAAGACUUCAUCGUUAAGCUUCAAGUAACUUUGCUAGCUUCGUUCAACAGCUUACACAUCCCCGUCAAUUAUUUAUCGUGGGCAGCACCAAUAGCUUUUUUCGUCCACAUUUAUUACCGAUUUAUUUGGAUGUUUACUGAACUAACAUUUUUGGUACUUUCUUAUUCACUCUAUAGGCUUUUCAAACAGUAUCAAGACCAUGUAGAAAGUGUUAAAGGCAAGGACAUGAGUGCGCAGUUCUGGUACAAGAUGCGCCUCCACUACAACUCCUUGUCUCGCCUCACCAAGACUCUUGACGACUUCCUUUCUCCAAACACAUGCAUUACAUUUGCCGUUGACAUUUUCUUCGUAUGUUACUCUCUAUUCCAUGUGUUCAAGAGGAACCCAUUGACCAACAAGAAGCUAAUGUAUUUCCUCUGCUACAACGUGUCUCGAACACUCUCCAUAGCUCUGCUGGGGUCCUACAUCAACGACCUCAGCAAGAAGCCACUCUUGGUACUGUACAGCGUCCCUUCCAAGUCCUUCUGCGGCGAAGUCUUGCGAUUCCAAAUGGAGAUUCUGGCAGAUGAUAUUUGUCUUACAGGAUGCAGAUUCUUCUCAAUCACUCGUUCCUUUAUAAUUACGGUCGUAGGCACUAUAGCCACCUACGAAGUAGUACUGAUUCAGUUUAACACUCUCCAAAAUGAAGAAUUUGAAUUCACGUCUUUCUGUUCAGCAUUUACUUCAUACAAUAUAGUCCCAUUAAACAAUUCUAUUACUUAG